UUCUUGCUGGGUGCUGAAGGCAGGCUUCGGGUGGACAAGUCUGAGGUUACUGCAGCUCCUUCCUGAGAGCUUCGGGUUCUCGUAUUUGUCUUCUCUACCUUUGCUCGUCCAGCUGUCUUUCAAUUUGCUUGUUUUUAAUUAAUUAUCCUUUUAUGUCGCUCAUGUACAAGAGGAGGAGUCAAGUCAAUUGGGCGUUUCGAUGUAUCAAGUGAGUUGGGAAGAUGUCUUGAGCUCCCCAGAGCCACCCUUGGGUCCCCUCAACCAUGAACAGCACUCUAGCUUUCUCGUCAAGUACAUGUGAAGCUGUGUGAAAAGUAUCUGGCGCCUAGGUUCACUCAACAAAUAUUAAUCCCCCUUUUCUGAAGUGAUUCAGGCUUUUCCAGUUUGUCUUUCACAUACCAAAGAUAUGCCCAGAAUUAUGUAAGCUGAAAGCCACUUUGCCUUUGAACCCCCUCUGAGUACCUGAUUGCGACUAAGUCCAUUUACUCGUUUGCAAAUUUUUAUUUUGUUUGUUUUCUGUUUUUUUUUUUUGUUUUAGUUUGCCCAUACGUUCUCCAGAGUCACUGCUGCUUAGUUUGACCCUAGAAAAACUGACUUGACAGAUGACAUGUUUAAGUCACGCCUGCCAAGAAGUAUGAUCUGAAUGAACUUAACUCAUACAAGUUUUUAAAUGCAUUUAACCUAAGUUAUCAGAUGUCUACAAUUAUUUGUAACCUAAGGGGCUCAUGACACCAAAGGGGAGGGAUAAAAUGUGGAGGCCUCAAAUGCUGUAAUAUCCCAUUACUGUAUAAUUAUUCGUAUGAAAUCAUUCACGUGCUGGCAGCCCCUAAGGAAGCAAAAACCAGGGACUUUGCCAUUUGCCACCAUGCAGCAGACGACCAAAUUAUUUCUCGGAGCUUUGAAGUAUAGCAUUCCUCAUCUUGGGAAAUGCAUGCCGAAACAGAAUUACUGUAACGUCGCUGACCCUUAUUACAAUAGACUAAGAUUGAAAAACUAUCGGCUAACCAAGUGUCUGCAGAAUAAACCCAAGAUAUCAGAAUUAGCACGAAACAUCCCAAGUCGGAGCUUCUCACGUAAGGAUCUUCUGCCUGUUAAGCCAGAGAGUGAAAAUUCCAUUUCUGAAGACAUGGAUGCAUUUGAAAAAGUGAGGACAAGGCUAGAAACACAGCCACAGGAAGAGUACGAAAUCGUCAAUGCGGAGAUUAAACAUGGCGGCUUUGUCUAUUAUCAAGAAGGUUGCUGCUUGGUCCGUUCCAAAGACGAAGAAGCUGACAGUGAUAAUUAUGAAGUUUUAUUCAACCUGGAAGAACUUAAACUGGAGCAGCCCUUCAUCGAUUGCAUCCGAGUUGCUCCUGAUGAGAAGUACGUGGCUGCUAAGAUAAGGGCGGAGGAUUCUGAAACCUCCACCUGCAUAGUGGUGAAGCUCAGCGAUCAGCCUGCCAUGGAAGCCUCUUUCCCCAACGUGUCCAGCUUUGAAUGGGUGAAGGAUGAAGAAGAUGAAGAUGUCUUAUUCUACACCUUCCAGAGGAACCUUCGCUGUCACGAUGUGUACCGAGCCACGUUUGGUGACAACAAACGCAAUGAGCGGUUCUACACAGAGAAAGACCCCAGCUAUUUUGUUUUCCUCUAUCUUACAAAAGACAGUCGUUUCCUCACCCUGAAUAUCAUGAACAAGACGACUUCCGAGGUGUGGCUCAUCGAUGGCCUGAGCCCGUGGGACCCACCAAUGCUCAUUCAGAAGAGAAUCCAUGGGAUGCUUUACUAUGUUGAGCAUCGAGAUGACGAAUUGUACAUCCUGACUAAUGUUGGAGAACCUACAGAAUUCAAGCUGAUGCGGACUGCAGCUGACGCCCCUGCUAUUAUGAAUUGGGAUUUAUUUUUCACAAUGAAGAGAAACACCAAGGUUGUAGACUUGGACAUGUUUAAGGACCACUGCGUUCUGUUCCUGAAACACAGCAAUCUCCUCUAUGUUAAUGUGAUUGGUCUGGCUGACGACUCCGUCCGCUCUCUAAAGCUGCCUCCUUGGGCCUGUGGAUUCAUAAUGGAUACAAAUUCUGACCCGAAGAACUGCCCCUUCCAGCUUUGCUCCCCAAUAAGACCCCCAAAAUAUUACACAUACAAAUUUGCAGAGGGCAAACUGUUUGAGGAAACUGGUCACGAAGAUCCAAUCACAAAGACCAGUCGAGUUUUACGCAUAGAAGCCAAAAGCAAGGAUGGAAAGCUAGUGCCCAUGACGGUUUUUCACAAGACGGAUUCUGAGGACUUGCAGAGGAAGCCUCUCUUGGUGCACGUAUAUGGAGCUUACGGAAUGGAUCUGAAGAUGAACUUCAGGCCUGAAAGGCGGGUCUUGGUGGAUGAUGGGUGGAUCUUAGCAUAUUGCCAUGUUAGGGGUGGUGGCGAGCUGGGUCUCCAGUGGCAUGCUGAUGGCCGUCUAACUAAAAAGCUCAAUGGCCUGGCUGACUUAGAGGCUUGCAUUAAGACGCUUCACAGCCAGGGCUUUUCUCAGCCCAGCCUAACAACGCUGAGCGCUUUCAGUGCUGGAGGUGUGCUUGUGGGAGCACUGUGUAACUCUAAGCCAGAGCUCCUGAGAGCAGUGACCCUGGAGGCCCCUUUCUUGGAUGUUCUCAACACCAUGAUGGACACCACACUUCCGCUGACACUGGAAGAGUUGGAAGAAUGGGGGAACCCUUCGUCCGAUGAGAAACACAAGAACUACAUAAAGCGCUACUGUCCAUGCCAGAAUAUGAAGCCACAGCAUUACCCUUCAGUUCAUAUCACAGCGUAUGAAAACGACGAGCGAGUGCCGCUGAAAGGAAUCGUGAACUACACCGAGAAGCUUAAGGAGGCCGUCGCAGAGCACAGCAAGGGAGCAGGGGAAGGCUAUCAGCCCCCCAACAUUGUUUUAGAUAUUCAGCCUGGAGGGAACCAUGUGAUUGAGGAUUCUCACAAAAAGAUCACAACCCAGAUGAAAUUCCUGUAUGAUGAACUUGGACUUGACAGCACUGAUGCUUUCGAGGCUCUGAAGAAGUACCUAAAAGUCUGAAACGCCGCUGCCUUCAGCCGGGACUGGAAACAAUGGAAAUAGUGAUCAGUCUUAUUUCCACUUGGUUUAGCGAAAGUGAGGUUUUUUUAAGUUAUUAUAUAAAGUUUUAGAAGUUGUUUCUUUGUGUAAUUUUGCUUCGUGUCCAUAUUGCUCCUACUCUUCCCACCAGCACACACACCCUAGAUGAAUCUGGGCAAGUGUCUCCAGCCAUGCUCCUUCUGAUGUAGAGAAGGGAGCCAGAGGACGAGGCAGGAAAACGCCAGGCCUCUCAAUCAGUCUUUUUUUUUUUUUUUUUCAGAGCUGGGGACCAAACCCAGGGCCUUGCGCUUGCUAGGCAAGCGCUCUACCACUGAGCUAAAUCCCCAACCCCUCAAUCAGUCUUUUAACAGAAUUUUACAAUUCAGUGGCCUUCCUCUCUGCUAGUGAAUAGUUUUCGGCUCCGUGGCUGUAAGUCAGUCAUCUUGCAGUUUCCACAACCCCACUCUAAAGCAAAGAGUAGCAUCUUUAUACAUAAAUGCUUUAGCAUUUUGGGGGUAAUCUUUUAAACAUUUUAUUGUCCUUCCAAACAUUUGAGAAUCUUACCUAAAACAAUGCAUUCGUGCUACAGAAAUAUCUAAGAACUGAUGCCAUUCCUGAGGCCCUUGCAUGUGUGAUGGCAAGCAUACCAGACGCAGGGUGGCCACCUCUUACAGAGCUGCCUAGCACGAGCUAUACAGAAGGUCCAGCACGCUGGAGUAGCAUGCACGGUUGGAAAUAAAACAUUUGUCUCUGAAAGCUUUCUGGUGAUGGAGGAGAGUCUUCAUGCUGUGUUCCAAGAUGAGCCCCUCUCCCUUCUCCAGAGAAACGGCAUGGGUAUCAACAUCACUGCCUUUGGAGGCUGGAUUGGUACUUAAUCUUAUUCUCAGUUUUGUAGGAACAUCUGAAAUAGUUUCCUGUAGAUUUAGCACAGUUGAUGAUUCUCCAAAAUUCAGAACCACAAGGAAGACUUUAUCUAUGCCAUCCAGCUCCCUGGUGUACACAACAGAGUGAUUGUCGUCCCUCAAAAGGCAAAACCAGCCUCUGCUGAGAAGCAGCUCUCUGGCAUGGAGUAGACUCAGAUCCUGAUAUAGCCUCAGUGCUGAGCUCGGCUGGGUUUUUUGGACCUGUUUUUUUAAAAAGAAUAUUCACACAAAUGUUUUACUUUAAGACUUAUCCCCACCCCAUUCCCCCAGAAAAACCUUGCUUUCUUUGCCCUUUAAAAUAACUGCCCCAUUGUAAAGCGUCUGUAAAUAGUGUGUCCUCAAGUCAGAUGCCUGGAAGCAAAAAGCCACCACCACAGGGGACCUGGACUUGGUUCUCUCUGUAGGACACUGCGAAGGGCACUGUGGUGAGAGGUCCUGGGUCCAGCAGACAUGGAUGUCAGAUCACUGGUGAUAGAUGUAACCCUGCACACUGCAGUGCAAGUCAGCAAGUCUGUGUUCGCUUUCUCUGUGCUGGGCCGUAAAAGGUAGCUUUCAUGUCCUUAAGAUGUGGGUUUACUUUACAGCUGCACAAACCUACCUAACGAUGCUGCUUUCCCGCUCCUUUUCUCAUAAGCACUUUCUGUCACCUCGUCCCCACAGGUGACACUGUCCGGCACACAACACCCUGUGACCGGGUUCACCUGCCUUCUGUCCCCUUCCUUGUAAGCAUCACCUGUCUCGGACGUUCUCAAACCCCUUCCCUUCUACAUUAUUUAGUUAAGAUAGAUUAUCAGACAGAUAAUUGCUGUGUCUAAGCGUAUGUACAUUCAAUACAUAAUGCCAAAUGAUUUGUAGCUGUUGCCAAAUCAACAGUAAUGUUCCUCAUGACACUCUUGCCAGCCUUGUCUCUGGGGUGGGGCUGUUGUCGUCUUUGGUAUUGUGGUUCUUUCCCGGGAGAUGUCUAACAAUGCGUAUUUAAUGACUAUCUCGUGGAUGUUUAGAGAUGUUCAUUCUAUCAUCAGGCACGAAGUGUUCCUGGUUUGUGUCUGUGAGCGUCUGCGGCCGCUCACUCUCAGUAGCUUAGAUAACGCAUGUAGAGCAGUUUGGUGCCACUCGCUCACACGAGGGGCCCAGGACACUGCUCUCUUCUCCUUUCCUGUGAACUCGUUCUCUGUAACCGUGAGCUUGUCCCUUUCUCUUCUCCUUUCUCUCAGUCCUCGUUUGAUGUAUCUUGACGCUUCAGUUAACAUCGUAAAGACUUGUGGGAUUUGGUGGACUUGUCAGUGCUUAUCACCGUUUGAAAAUGCAUUUCUCUCAUAUACUGCUUUCGUAUUGAAUUCUAUUUUGUCUGCUAUUAAAUAUUUCCAAGCCCA